UGAAGACGGAAGAGCUGACCUCCCGCUUCGGGGCUGGCCCCUGCCUUUUCACGUUGCCGGCUCUCACCUGGAAGUCCUCUGUAGCUAAGAUACAUUCGUUCCUGCAAAGAUCUCCCACCUCCCUGGAGAACACCGGCUCUGGCCGCCUGGAGUCUGGGCCUGCUGGCAGCAUGGACCGGCCGGACCUGCUGGGCUUCCUCGCCAUCACCUUAAGCUGCAACGUGACCGUCGUGGGGAAGAUCUGGCUGGUCUUCAUGGUACUGUUGAGGAUGGUGGUGCUGGUCCUGGCUGGGUCACCCGUUUACCAGGAUGAGCAGGAGAGGUUUGUAUGCAACACUCUGCAGCCGGGAUGCGCCAACGUCUGCUACGACAUCUUCUCCCCCGUAUCCCACCUGCGGUUCUGGCUGCUCCACAGCGUGUCUGUCCUCCUCCCCUCCGCGGUCUUCAGUGUCUACGUGCUGCACAAAGGAGCCGAGCUGGCAGCGCGUGGACCCCGUGGGCCGGAUGGUGUCCCCGGGGACCACCACGCCCCUGAGCUGACCCCUGGGGCCAGGCACUGGCUACUGGUGCCGGACUUCUCUUCCGGCUACCUGGUCCACCUCUGCCUGCGGACCCUGACGGAGGCAGCUUUCGGUGCCCUGCAUUACCUCCUCUUUGGAUUCUUGGUCCCCAAGAGAUUCUCAUGCAUGCACCCUCCGUGCACCAGCGUGGUGGACUGUUACGUCUCUCGGCCCACAGAGAAGUCCAUCCUGAUGCUCUUCGUCUGGGCGGCCUGCGCGCUGUCCUUCCUGCUCAGUGUUGCCGACCUGGUCUGCAGCGCGCGCUGGAAGACCCGCGGGCGACCCGGCCGGGCCACGAGGAGGCCGUGGCCGGUGGCCGGGGACGCAGCGCUGGAGGGACACCGGGACGGGGUAGCCGAGGGGCGAGGGGCGCGUGCUCGCCCGGGGCCGCGGACGGAAGGACAGGGCGCGCACAGCCCCGCAGGGAUGCCCGCCGCGCGGGGGCGCCUGGAGCUGCCGGGGGAGGACGAGAGUGACGCGCUGUCCUCGGCCAGCGACCAGCUGCCGGUGCCCAGACCCAGAGAGGCGGCCGCCGCCGGGCGGGAGGAGCGGCCCGGCCCGCCGCGCGCCCCGCUCCCGGGUCCGGGCAGGUCCGAGUGGGUGUGAGCGCCGGAGUCCCGCCCCGGGAGCGCGGGGCACCGGGAUGCAGAGCAUCCACCCCCAGAAGUGGGGGCUGGCGGGAUAGACGGACUCCCGCGGAGGCCCUGCUGGGGGACACUGGAGAUUUAAUUCCAGUGACGCCUUCCAGCGCUCCAGGGCGGGUGGGAGCUGCAGGGAUGCCGGGCGCGCAGCAGGUCCGAGCCUGCGCGCUGCGGUCUUCCUCGCCUGCGGCAGGUGCUUCUUGAAAAGCACGGUCUCUUGCGUUCACACAGCUAGUUCAUGUUUUAAAAUGUUUCCCGGUGAAUUAUUACGAGGUUUGAAGGGUUUUGGUUUGUUUUCCUGCUUAGCCAAGAAGGGUGUCUGUUACGCAUCAAUAGAGCCACGUUAGUUUCACUUCUCCCAACGCCUGUAAUAAAAUUAACGCCGAGUGCGCUGUGAUCUCACACUUCCCGCUUCACUGUGUUGUGUAUGGGCGGAACCUCGGACGCAGGAAAUACGGCCGGAAAACACUGGGGGCUUGCUUUUGUGGGCAUCUUGGCUUGCUACUGCAUGUGGGUGUGAGGUGCACGGGAUGGGGGUGCUGGCUGGCUGUGUCGCUGGGUCUGUUGGCUGAGUGGCUGUUCCCACUGAGCAGAGGGAGCACUUGGGCUGCUAGGACUGUCACACGUUUCCCAGCCCCGGCUCUGCCUGUGGGAGGGAGCCGUGACCAGUUAGGGCUGCCCUGAGGGCCUUCACCUCCCGUCCUGGGGAGCAGGUGAGACCCUUCUCCAGGUCUGUGCUGAAGCUCCUGGAGGGGCGCCCUAGAGUCACCGGCCUCCCCUCUCAGGUGAG